CUUUUAGGAAGCUUCGAGUUCACAGGGAUUCAGCUCGGACGUGUCAUGAGUACAGACAACUGAAAGGACACUAUUGAUAUACAUGACUCUCUUCGGCUCUUGUCAUACAGGGAUAAAUCUGCCGUGCUAAAAGUUUGACUACAGUCGUUUGAAUCAUUCUCGGUGCCGUGUUGGAUCUGGAUACCUGCUCAUGUGAGUUUUCCUCCAGCUAUGGAACCCUGGCCUCUCAUGGCCUGGGGCCUGAUGCUGACCGCCAUCAUCAAAGUGGUUCAAUCGAGGGACUUCACGGAAAAAGAUAUUAUUUUUCUCCAUCCCUCAACAACUCCAUAUCCAGGAGGAUUUAAAUGUUUUACUUGUGAAGAUGCACUUGACAACUAUGAAUGCAACCGCUGGGCUCCAGAUCGCUACUGUCCACGAGAGAGCAGAUAUUGCUACACACAACAUAAGAUGAGCUGGGAUGGAAACACAGUGUCGGUGACCAAGCGUUGUGUGGCGCUGGAAGACUGUCUUGAAACAGGCUGCUCUGAGAUGGACCAUGAAGGAAACAAGGUGUGCACAUCCUGUUGUGAAGGGAACAUCUGUAACAUACCCCUCCCACGAAACGAGACUGAUGCCAUCUUUGCCACCACGUCUCCUAUUAACGCCAGCAUUCAACCAGCACAGAGUCCCACGCUGCUGCUCUCUGUCUGUAUCAUCAGCCUGACGCUCCACAGUAUUAACUGAGACAAUCAUCCAGAGUGGAAUAAACCUUAACAGCGGUCAUUUAGGAAACCAUUGACUCGUGCCAGUCAGCUGUGGGCUUUAUCUUUCUCAAAAUGAAGUGUUAGCUCUUGGACUUUUGAAUAUAUGAGUAUAUGGACUUAUGAAUCAUAUACUAAUGUUUGGUUUGGCUGAGUGGUUUUUUGUGAUGGAUGUGGGAUGGGGAUAUUUAUGGCAAAACUGACACAAACCUGCACAUUUUUUUGUUUUGCGUUUUAUACGUUUGUAUAGAUAUAUUUAUUUUUUUAUCAUCCGUUUUUGUAGGAAGCUGAACUAUUGACUAUGAACAUAUUUUUUUUUGG